ACUGUAAGGGUGCCAUUACAUGGAGCGCGGAAACGCGGAAACGCGGAAACGCGGAAGAGAAUAAUAACUAGAUUCCCGCGUUCCGUUCUGUCUGUUUUAAUUGCCCCUUAUAUUACAUGGAGCACUAUUUGCACGGAAAAGCUAAUGCUGAAUAGCUGAUACCUAGCUUUAGUUUUAUUAAAUAUAUUAGCAAUCUGCUUUUAUUACUUUGCUAUGCAUGGCAUCUUAUGCGUAGCUUGUUUGUUGAUACUUUGAAAGUAUUGAAGAAACAUUUGCAAUAGCUCUUUAUUCUGUUUUACAUAAGCAACAGUAUGCAACCAUUUUGAUAAUGUUAUCUGAACAAAUUACACAAUACAGUCUAACAGAAUAGCAGUUGAUGUGAGCAAUUGUCCAUCCUGUUAUCCCUACGCUGUUUUCCGGCUUUUGUGUUUCUCCAUCACCCACGCAUCAGACAGAGACACCAUUACAGUCUCUAUUGCCUUCUCUCUCUGGUGUUGUCUUCAAAACCUCUCACGAGGCUCACAAUCUGUUUAUAUAAGUCUAUGGGGACUAUCCAGUCUAUAUGUAAUAUGUCUAUGGUUGUUACUGGUUGUCUGUUGUCUUAGCUGUUGUCAUAGCAACACAUCAGUCAACAUUGAAAUCCAUCAGUGAGUGACUGUUAUUUGUAUAAAGAGGUGCAUAAAAAGUAGAUUGGGUACCAAUAGAUCUGCAGAUAUAUAUUCUUUUAUUCAAUGAUUGUGAAGAGAAAUAUCCUAAACAACUAAUAUAUUUUGCAUAUUUUAUAAAUUACAUCAUGAUUUUAUGGAAUGGCUGAGUUGCAUAUAAUUGGACAAAUUUCAUCUGCAAAAAAUUUUAAAGAAUCACAUCUACUCUGCAAAUGGAACUUUUAUGUUGGUAAUGGUUGGAAAAUUAUAUCAGGACAUGAAGACGGACAAACACAAGAGAGUUGCGAUUUUUAUACUAAUAAUCCAGUUUUUGAUCACCCAAUAGAUUUGCAUUACACAACUCAGACUUUACAAAAUUCUCCAAAGUUAUUAUUACAAGUGUUUUGCAGAGAUAAUUAUGGAAGGCUAAUAUUUCUUUCAUAUGGAGCAUAUAAUAUUCCAUUGUCACCUGGUUCUUACAAUUUAGAUUGUCAUACAUGGAAACCUAUUGGUACUUGGAAAGACAGACUAUAUGAUAAAUUUUUGGGAAAAAGUUUACAAUUGAAGUCCCCUAGUAUUUUAAUCAACUCAUUAGACAGGUUUGAAGUACUAACACAAAGUAUGGGAACAGUGAUCAUUCACUUACAUAUCUUGGCAAAAAAUUUUGAUAAAUUUGGAUGUCAAUUGUAACUGGACAACUGGACACAAUAA